AAUUGUGAUAUGGUUGAAACUUAAGAGAGAGAAUGGCCACUCUCUUUACUCUCGUAUCAUCUUCUUCCUCUGUUUUCUUCUUCCCUAUCAAAACCCUAAAAAACCCACCAAUCAUUCCCUCUAGAAGGCCGCCUUUCUCCCUUACUUGUCUCCGGUCGUUGGAAACUAACCCACCACCCCCAAUUCAGACCUUCUGGAAAUGGCUUUCCGACCAAGGUGUAGUCUCCGGCAAGACUCCGGUAAAGCCGGGGAUCGUCACAGAAGGCCUAGGACUCGUUGCCCAGAGAGACAUUGCUCGAAACGAGGCUGUUUUGGAAGUGCCCAAGAGGUUUUGGAUAAACCCAGAUGCAGUAGCAGCUUCGGAGAUUGGGAGUGUAUGUGGUGGCCUGAAGCCUUGGGUGUCUGUUGCUCUGUUCUUGAUCAGAGAGAAGUUGAGAGACGAGUCGCCAUGGCGAAGUUACCUUGAUAUUCUUCCAGAGUACACCAAUUCUACUAUUUAUUGGUCAGAAGAGGAGCUCGUUGAGAUUCAAGGGAUUUCUUUUGUAGGAACACAACUGUUGAACACAACCUUAGGUGUGAAGGAAUAUGUGCAAAGUGAAUUUCUUAAAGUUGAAGAAGAAGUCAUACUCCCUCACAGCCAGCUUUUCCCUUUUCCUGUAACAUUGGAUGACUUCUUAUGGGCAUUUGGGAUAUUGAGAUCCAGGGCAUUUUCACGCCUUCGUGGUCAAAAUCUUGUUUUGAUCCCUCUUGCAGACUUGAUCAAUCACAGUCCGAGCAUAACCACUGAGGAGUACGCAUGGGAGAUUAAAGGAGCAGGUCUUUUCUCUAGGGAUCAAUUAUUUUCUCUGAGGACCCCAGUUUCUGUGAAGGCUGGUGAGCAGGUUUUGAUCCAGUAUGAUUUGGACAAGAGCAAUGCUGAGUUGGCUUUGGACUAUGGGUUCAUAGAAUCGAGGCCAAACCGGAAUUCUUAUACCCUAACGCUAGAGAUAUCUGAGUCAGACCCUUUUUUUGGGGACAAGCUAGAUAUUGCUGAGUCUAAUGGUCUUAGUGAAAUUGCAUACUUCGACAUUGUAUUGGGCCAAUCUCUUCCAGCUGCAAUGCUGCCCUACUUGCGACUGGUAGCGCUUGGGGGACCUGAUGCUUUUCUCUUGGAAUCUAUUUUUAGAAACACUAUCUGGGGGCACCUUGAAUUGCCUGUGAGCCGUGCCAAUGAGGAACUCAUAUGCCAAGUGAUCCAAGAUGCCUGCAAAUCUGCCCUUUCCGGUUAUCUUACCACCAUUGAAGAGGAUGAGAAGUUGAAGGAAGAAGGGAAUCUCCAUCCAAGGCUUGAGAUUGCUGUUGGGGUGAGAACAGGGGAGAAGAAGGUGCUGCAACAAAUUGAUGGGAUUUUCAGGGAAAGGGAAAGGGAAUUGGAUCAGUUGGAAUAUUACCAAGAAAGGAGGCUUAAGGACCUCGGCCUGUGUGGGGAGCAAGGUGAAAUCAUCUUUUGGGAGUCCAAGUAAGAAGCCCCAAUUUCUUUUUUCCAUAUAUUUAACGUUAUGCACCUUGGCCAAUUUCAUCAAAUGUCGAAGGCGUAUCCGUUAAUGGAGUUCUCAAAAUGGAGAAAGAGCAGAGCCAGAAGACGACCCUAAAUCAUCUGGGUUUGCUAGUUGCUAGUGUUACUUACUGAAGCAAAUUGUACCUGGUGGAGCAGCUUAAUUUCAGUGGCAGUAUAUAUAUCAUAGCUAGCAUUCCAUGACUUAGCCGGCCAGCUUUCUUUUUGGUAUUUUCAUGGCCCUGAAUUGCUGGCUUCGGAAGCUGUGUAAUAAUCAAUUUAUUGUAUGGUUUCACUUUCCUUUGACUGAUAAACUGAUUCAUCUCUCCAUUUAACAAUUCUUUCCA